AUGGCUUCAUUCUUCCCUCGUGCAGCUUCUCGAGCUCUGCGCGCUUCGGCGCGUCCUGCCCUGCGGGUACAGCGUCCUGCUGCCCCGCUACUCCGUCGCGGGAUCGCGCUUCCAGCUGAGCAGCCACGACUGAGGCUGGGAUCCAUUGCGCCUAACUUCCAGGCGAAGACCACCCAUGGCGACAUGGACUUCCACAAGUUCUUAGACAACAAGUGGACUAUCCUCUUCAGCCACCCUGCCGACUUCACACCCGUGUGUACGACUGAGCUUGGAGCCUUUGCGAAGCUCAAGGAUGAAUUCGAUGCGCGAGGCGUCCAGAUGAUUGGCUUGAGCGCCAACGACUUGAGCUCCCACGACCAGUGGAUUGCCGACAUCAACGAGACGUCCAACACCACCGUGCAGUUCCCCAUCAUCGCCGAUGCCGAUCGCCACGUCGCUUUCCUCUACGAUAUGAUCUCGCAAGACGACCUCGACGCGCUUCAGAAGAACGGCGGCAUUGCCUUCACCAUCCGCUCGGUAUUCAUCAUCGAUCCAGCGAAGAAGAUCCGUCUUACAAUGUCAUACCCCGCGAGCACCGGCAGGAACACCGCCGAGGUACUGAGAGUUAUCGACAGCCUGCAGACAGGAGACAAGAAGGGCAUUGCUACACCUAUUGACUGGCAAAAGGGCCAAGACGUCAUCGUGCCACCCAGCGUCAGCACUGAGGAUGCCAGGAAGAAGUUUGGCGAUGUUAGGGAGGUCAAGAAGUACCUGCGCUUCACUAACGUCGGGCAAUAG